GAUAGAAAAAAAAAUGGAUUUCUUGGUUUGGUUUUAUUUGUUUCUUGUUUUGUGAACAGUUGUGUUUUUGUGAUUGUUUAUAAUUUAAUGAAUGUGUUAAAAUUAAUCAAUGUUAAUCUGUUAUAAGUGAUAAUACAUCAUACGUUUAUUCUUAGUAUAAUUUGUAAAACUCACACUAAGCAAAAUGCUUAAAUCUGACGCAAAUAUAAAUCGAAACAGUGACAUCAUUUUUAACAUCGACUUGAUAACAAUUAACAUGAUUCCAUUAAUUGAAAAGGAUAUUGAUCCAUGCGAUUUAAUAUCUAUCGUUUUUCUUCUUUACAACGUACCGGAUACUGCAUUACAACGGCUUAAUAUUUAUCAAAGAGUUUCAAAAGAUAUAUUAAAUAAUGACUCAAACCUAUUACUUGAUUGGGCACUACAUGCACAAAGUCAGCCUAGUUGGAAAAUGGAAUUAUUGGAAGCUUUACAUACUUGUCAACUUUAUUUUGUAAUUCGAAAAAUGGGGCUUCCAGUAGAUGCUGUCAAAAGAUACUAUGAGAAUACCAAUGAAACUUUACUGAAUCCAAUGAAAAAAACAUUAUACAGAUUGUGUGAGAAUAUGAAUGUUGAUAAACUUUAUAAACUGAAGAAAACUUUAUUAACAUAUAAUAUAGACACAUCAGAUUAUGAAACAUGUGAAUUAGUGUUAUUACAUUUGAUGUGUCAAAAAUUUAUCAGUAUAAAUAUGAAAUAUGGUAAGUGGAAUGGAAACAUGGAUAUUGAAAGUCUAGCAAAAAUUAUUGAUAACUUUGCUGACUUACACGUAUUUGCAUCUGAAAUGAGAAGAAUUGAGUUUAAUGCAAAUAAUGUCAACACAACUAUACAAAAUUCUAAUCAAAUAGUAACAAGUACCCCACAAACAUUAAAAACUGAUGAAAAAUUGCAAAAUAAUGAAAGCCACACUGGUUUUAAUAAUUUCAAAGAGAUAUUUGAUAUGUUUAAUGAUUUGAAAUUAGAGGAUAUACCUGAACAAAAUUUAAAGUCAGAUAAUAGAGCUCUUGGAAAAGAUGCAUAUCAAAUUAUAAAUCCUAAAGCUCCAGGAAUAUGUCUUAUUAUAAAUCAAGAGAAAUUUCACCCUUCUAAACAGAGCAUCGAAAGUAUGUCUCAAACAAUACCAUUAGAAAACAGAGAUGGUUCAACACAAGAUAAAGACAAUUUGAGAGACACGAUGAGCAAACUUAACUUUGAAGUUGUAGUACAUGAAAAUAUUGAUCAUAAUGAAAUGAUUGAGUGCAUAAAAUCUGUGAUAAAAUUUAAAGUUCAUGAAAGACACAGCAUGUUCAUCUUAUGUAUUCUGUCACAUGGAACAAAAGGACAUGUUUAUGCAGCUGAUUCUGUGAAAAUAAAGGUUGAAGAUAUUGAGAGUUUAUUAGACUCGGAUGAUGCUAUUCACCUCAGGAACAAGCCAAAGAUAAUGAUAUUACAAGCUUGUCAAACAAAUGACAGUCAACCAUUAUACACCCCUUUAGUGGCUGAUAGCCCUAAACCAAAUUUUAAAUACUAUAUAAGGAAAUCUGACAUAUUAAUAUAUUGGGCUACAGCUCCUAGCUAUGAAGCAUAUAGAAUUCCAACAAUGGGUUCCAUAUUUAUUCAAAUGUUAUGUGAGGCUAUCAAAAAAUAUUCCAAGAAAGAACAUCUCAAUGAUUUAUUUACAAUAGUAAAUUAUGCAAUAAAAAGAAUGUGUGUUAAUCUAAAACGCGAUCAGCUGCCUAAAGUAGAGCAUACCUUAAUAAAAAAAUUGUAUUUACAAAUUCCAGAAAAGUAAUUAUAUGAGAGUCUGCAUAAAACUGGUAAUUGAUUGAUUUAGUUGCAAUGCAAAAGCUUUAAAAGAUUUAGAUAAUUUAUGUUUUGAUUGUGAUACUAUUUGAAUUUUAAUAUUUUUAUGGAGUAUAUUUGUACUCCAAUACAUAAUCACUUUCAAAAUAUAUCCUAAUGAUUUUGUGAUGCAAUUUUUUACUUCUUGUGUAUCAAUAGUCUGUAUAACUGAACAAAAUAUUGAAAUACUAAUGUAACAUCCAUUUAAGGUCACAGUUAUGCAGCCCGAACUUAAAUAAGGUUGAAUGAAUAAAAUCUCAUUUAGUAAAUUUUUACCUUAUUGAAUGAAGAUUUUAGGAAUGAAGUAUAAUAAGAUUAAACAUUUUUAGGUACCUAGUUGAGCAAUUAUUUUUAUAUUUUGGAAACUGUAAAGAUUUAAAACUUAUAUAUUAAAGUAGUAUUUAUUGAACUGCUCCUUGGAACUCUAGGGCAUCUCAAAGCAUAUGCUAAGGGCCCACAAAAAUAGCAAAUUUUUUAUUAUUGAAGGUAAAUAAAUUAAUAUGAAUUUUUUCUUAAAACUCUUGUGUUAAUAUUUGAGUCCCUAAAAGGUUCCAUCACCAAAGUUCGACUAUUCAAACAACAGUUGACAAUAAUUAUGUAACAAUAACUAUCCCGCUGUAUUACCAUGUAUUUUUACUGUGCAAUAUAUAAUUAUCUAUUU